ACGCAUCUGUUUCGCAUUUUCCUCCUCCUUCCCCGGCGACGGCCAAUCCUCGUGUAAUCGCCGGCGAAGACUAGAUUCUGUAAUACUGUUUCAGUCAUUUCGAUAUUCAGAGAGAGAGAGAGACAUGGGUGUGGAUUACUACAAUAUACUGAAGGUGAAUCACAACGCGACGGAGGAUGAUCUCAAGAAAGCUUACAAGCGUCUCGCUAUGAUUUGGCAUCCCGAUAAGAACCCUUCGACUCGUCGAGACGAAGCCGAGGCCAAAUUCAAACGGAUCUCCGAAGCCUACGACGUUCUUUCCGAUCCUCAGAAACGCCAGAUCUACGAUCUUUACGGCGAGGAAGGUCUCAAAUCUGGCAAAAUCCCUAAUUCAUCCGCGGCUUCUUCUUCAUCGGAGGCUUCUUCUUCUUCUUCUUCUUCCUCGAGAUAUUCUCACUUUCAUCAGCAUAGGCAGCAGCAUCCGCCUAACGCCGCGUCGUUUCGUUUUAACCCGAGGGAUGCGGAGGAUAUCUAUGCUGAGUUCUUUGGAUCUGAAGGCGGAGGUGGAAGCAAUGCUGCUGGGAGAGGAAACAGAACGUUUAGGAAUGGUCAUUUCAACACCGGCGGUGGUAAUUACGGUACCAAUGGCUAUAACGGUGAGAUGAGGAAAGCUCCAGCUGUGGAGAAUCCAUUGCCUGUGAGUUUGGAGGAUCUGUAUAAAGGUGUGAAGAAGAAGAUGCGGUUAUCUAGAAAUGUCUACGAUGCUUCUGGUAAAAUGAGGGUCGUUGAGGAGAUAUUGCCUAUAGAUAUAAAACCCGGGUGGAAGAAAGGUACAAAGCUCACAUUCCCUAAGAGAGGCAAUGAAGAGCCUGGAAUCAUACCGGCAGAUAUUAUUUUCGUGGUUGAGGAGAAGCCACAUCCAGUUUUCAAGAGAGAUGGAAACGACCUUUUGGUCAGUCAAGAGAUAACUCUACUUGAAGCCUUAACUGGUAAGACUGUCAACCUGAUCACGCUUGAUGGAAGGACUCUCAUGAUCCCACUAACCGAUAUCAUCAAACCGGAUCACGAGAUUAUUGUUCCAAACGAAGGAAUGCCAAUCUCUAAAGAACCUGGAAAGAAAGGUAACUUGAGAUUGAAGCUUAGUGUGAGAUACCCGACAAGGCUCACAACCGAACAGAAAUCCGAGCUGAAGAGAGUUCUUGGUGGAGUCUCAUGAAGAAUUCAAUGAUGAAUGUAGAUAGCAAAAGUAGAGGAGAUGAUAGAUUGUGAAUGGUAGGAGAAAUUCUUCUAAGGAGGCUUGGAUUUGAAAGCCGAAGAACAAACACACUUUGCUUAUGUUUUACUUCUCUUUGUUUGAAAUUAGACUUUUUGCCCUUUGUUUAAUUAUUUCAUUGAUUUGAUUUCGUUGCAUUAUAAUGUUAGACAGUGUUAAGCCAAACAUUAAGGUAUGCUUUGUCACCUAUUUAUCUUA